CCCCUAGGCACCAGGAAGCAAGGCAGAUGGAUGGCAGAGAGCUGACCUGUACGUGCGGCGUGCACGCAGCACGCUAGCAUGUGAGGGAGGCGUGAGCGCCGUGAGGGAAGGGCUCCGGGCGUCGUUGCAGUGACUGUUAGGCUGAGGCACGUGAGAGAGGCGUGAGGGAAGGGCGCGACGGGGCCUCUACUCCAGCGGCGUUGCAGCCCGUUACCAGGCAGGCUGGCUAGGCUAGAUCCCUGCUGCACUCUCGUCUCUGCUGAAAAGCUUUCUGCGCUGACUCGCUUCUUGCUGCUUUCUCCCUAACUGUUGCUUGGUUGGUGGUAUGGUCCAAUGAAAUGCUUCUAUGAAUAUUGCGAGAUAUGGCAGGUGGAAUAGUUCCAUCUCUAUCAACAAAAUUUUUAGACGUAGACCUGAAGAUAACUGAUGUAAACUACCAUCCAAAAGAAAUUAUUGUGAAAUUUCAAGGCAGAUAUAACACAGAAUAUGACUUUGACUAUCAUAUAUUACAAAGUGAAAUACAGCAGGUAUCAAAAGUGAAAGACAGUGUUGGGAUUGGCGAGUUUUGUUUAGUAGAAGACUCUACUUGUGGAGAAUGGUACAGAGGACGAGUAGUACAAAAGAAGAACCACAUCUGUGAAGUAUUUCUUAUGGACAGUGGGAAAAUACUGGCAGUUCAUGAAGCCCGUAUUGCUUCUGCCAUUGAUGAGUUGUUUCAGCUUCCUCCAAAGAUGGUUUGUGGGAUUUUUGCAAAUAUACUUCCACUUGAAGAAAAAUGGGCUCCAAAAGCUUUGAAUUACUUUUCAUCCUUAGUAGAUUUGCAGAUUAAAGGCCAUAUACAAGCCAUUCUACCACACCAAACAUUUCUCCUUGAUGUGCCAAAAAUCACCAGUGAUGUGGUUGAAUUAAAACUAGGAAAACAUCUUGAUGGUGAUACAUUCCGUCUUAUUGUAGAAAUGUUAACUGAAUUGCCACAAGAGCCCCUUUCUAAACAAAUGCCAGAUUUACUGCAACAGAAAUACACAAGGCCAGAUUCUGCAUUAUGCAGUGAUCGAAUUCAUCCGGACGUACAACCAAUUCUGAAUAGCCUUCAGCCACUUUUAACUGUUGGUUGGAUAGAGAAAGUAAAAAUAUCAGUGGCAGUUAGUCCUAGUAAAUUUUAUUGUCAGUUACUGCGAUACCAGGUGGACCUGGAUAAAUUGACAGCAAGCAUGUAUUCCUUCUAUAAAACUAGCAGAGAAAAUGUUCCGUCGUGUGACAAUCUUGGAGUCCUUUGUGCAGCAAGACGAAAAAAUGGUCAGUGGCAGAGAGGAGUGAUACAACAGCUACUUUCUGAUAACAAAGUAAUGAUUUGGUUUAUGGAUUUUGGCAGCUGUGAAGCUGUGCCUUCUAGUAGUGUUUUGAAGCUUCAGCCAGAAUUCAUUUCAGUGCCUAGGUUUUCAUUUCCUUGUGCACUUUCAUGUCUCAAUGACCAGGAUGAAGCUAUAAGAAAUAAUCAGCUAAAAGAAUUUAAGGAGGCCCUGUUAAGACAAAGUGUUGUUUAUGCCCGCAUUGAUCUAUUUAAUGCUGAUGAACAUUUGUAUUAUGUUACAUUGCAUAAACACGAGUCUGGAAUGCAUUGUGAAUGCCUACCUCAGGAAAGUGAUGUAGUUCCAAAAUGUUACCCAUCCUUUAAGACAGAAAUGUCAUGUAUAAGUGGUACAAACCCUGUCUGUGCUGACUCUGUUCAUAGGAAUGCUGCACAGUCAGGACAUUUUUCAGAUCAAAAGAACUCUCGUUCAGUGUGCUGUCCUUUAGCCAUUCCUUGCAAAAGAGCAGAAAUAAAAAUAGACUCUGUCUGUGUUGCUUAUGUAGUAUAUGUCUUGAAUCCAUCAAAUUUUUGGGUUCAAACUAAUGACCAUCUAGAUGAAUUUGAAGCCUUGAUGAAAAAAAUUGCGGCUGUGUAUGAUAGAACUGAAACCGAUGGUAAGAUUCUAGAAAAUCCAGAACCUGGAAAGCUAUGCUGUGCACGGUAUAGUAAGGAUAUGCAUUUCUACAGAGCUGUUAUCAGGGAAGUGGUGGACAGUAGUAUUAAUGUUUGUUUUUUAGAUUUUGGCAAUACUGAGACAGUACCACUUUUUGAUGUGAGAGUUUUGUUGCCAGAAUUUCAAGAAUUUCCAGCUUUAGCUGUAUGUUGUUCACUUGCUAAUGCAUUUCCAAUUGAGGAUAUAUGGAUUAAAAAACAAACUGACUUUUUUAAAAACAUUGUGUUUGACAAACCACUCACACUCCAUGCCAUUGCUAAACAAAACAAUAAGUACAUAGUUGAUGUGCAGUGCAUGAAUGGCUCAGAACAAACAGAUGUUCUCAUGCUUAUGGUUCAGGCUGGAUAUGCAGAAUAUUGGGAAGUAAAGCAAGAUCCAUUUUUGAACAUUGUCAGAGGUUCUCAAAUAAAACACUCAAAAGAUGUGAUACCUAAAAAUAAUGGUCAGAAGAAUGAUAAGUUGCUGAAGCCUGUGACAAAAGAACCUGCCAUUACUUUCCCACGGUGUGAAAGCAUACUUUCAAAUAAAUAUGGAAACGCAUCUGGGAAAAGUUAUAUAUUGAGGCCUUAUAAAGAGUACCGGUUUAAACCAGGAACUGUAUUUGAUGUCAUAUGUUGUCAUAGUACUUCGCCAGGUGACUUUUCAUGUCAGUUACGAUCUAUGUUACCUGAGCUAGAUAACUUGAUGGAACAAAUUCAGUUUUAUUACAACACUCGAACGAUCCCAUAUGAAAGUGGUCAGCAUGCAUGUGUUGCGAAACAUUCUAAGGAUGGAAAAUGGUACAGAGCUGCUGUACUUCAACAUGUGUCUAAGACUGAAGUAGUUGUAGCAUUGGUAGACUAUGGUUACCAGGAAAGAGUUUUGCUGAAAGACCUUCAAGCUAUUCUUCCAGAUUUUCUGGUCUUGGAAUGUCAAACAUUCAGAUGUUGUCUUAAUAGAGUCACUGAAUCCUUAACAUUUGACCCAUAUAAUUGGACUGUGGAGGCAUGUAGGGAUUUUGAGCGCUUUGUUUCAUCUUCUAACGCAUUGCUGACGUGUUCAAUUUCUGCCUUAAUUCUUAGGAGCCCCAGUUGUUUAUAUAAUGUGGUUGACUUGCAGACUCCAUUUACUACUGUACAGCAAUUUCUUGUAGAAUGUGGUCAUGCCCAGUUUUGCUCUUUUGAACUCCCAAGAUUUUUUAUACCAUCAUUUUCUCUGUACACAUUUUAUUAUUCAACUUUUAACAUGAAAAUCGGUAAUGAAGAGGUGGUGUGUAUAACUCAUAUAUACAGCCCUACAAAAUUCUAUUGCCAGCUAAAUAGAAAUGCAGAUGUUAUAGACAAACUGUUAAAAAAUAUUGCAGAGGUUAGUCAAAUGGCAAGCCAUACAGACCAAAUAAACAUUUGCCGUUUAUGCUUAGCAAAAUAUUUUGGAGAUGGGCUGUUCUAUAGAGCUUUAGCAUAUCCUGUGGGAUCAUCAGAUUACUUGCCAGUAUGCUUUGUGGACUUUGGGAAUAAACAAUUGGUAGCAAAAGUGGAAAUUAUUCCUAUUCCAGAUCAUGCUUCAGAAUUAUUAUUCACUCCUAUGCAAGCUGUCAAGUGUUACCUUUCAGAUCUAAAAGAUGCUGAAAUUCCAAUUGAAAUAAAUACAUGGUUUGAAAAAAAUUGCUUGGGGAAAGAACUGAAGGCAGUAAUAGUAUCUAAAGAAUCUGAUGGGCAGCUUGGUGUGGAGUUGUAUGAUAAAGAUCUCCAAAUAAAUAAGAAGAUUAAAGAAUUAUUAAAGCACACACAAAAAUAUGGUGUCAACCCAAGAAUUAUAAACAGGUGUGCAGAAAAGCCUGUUGGAGACAAAGAUAUGGUGCAUAAAGUAAAGUUAGGUGCAGUUAAAACAAAAGUUAAACGUGAAGUAGUUCAAUGGAAAGGAGAAAUAGAAAAUGAAACAAAUCCUUGCAGUCAAAGUUCUGGAAAAGAAAUUGUGAUUGAUCUGCAGAAACGGUGCAUGAGGACUGUAAAGCUUCCAACAUCGCUAGAAAAUAUGGAAUUGGUCCUGCAAAACAAUCUGGGACAGAGAUGUAGAGGUACAUAUGGAGAGCUUUGUACUGACUCUGAUAACCCUCCUCUGGGUUUGAAGGAAAUACCUCAAGAUAAUAUGCCUGAGCUGCAUAUCUUGAAACAAAAUCCUUCAGGACAAGAAGUGAGUAGCACUACUAGGCACAAGUACACCAAUCUUCCACAACAUCACAUUCAGUCAGACACCAAAAUUUUAGGUUAUAUUUCGUCUAUAACUAGUCUGUCAAGUUUCUAUAUUCAUUAUGCAGAGGAUGAGAGUAAAAUUGUGGAGCUUGCUGAGGAACUGAAUGGAGGCCCACUGGUUAUAGAACCAGAACCAGAUCCUGAAGUUGAGGAAGGCGAUACUGUUUUAGCAGAGUAUGAAACUGAUUGCUGCAUAUACAGAGCUGUUGUUAGAAGUAUUAAGUCAGAAAAAUCUUUUGAAGUAGAGUUCAUUGACUAUGGUAACACAUCAACUGUGAGUGCAUCAAAAAUAUACAAGAUGGAAAAGGCUUUCUUAAAUUUACCAAGGCUCAGCAUACACUGUUUUCUUAGCAAAGGAAGGUGUGUGUUUCCAGAUAAAAAUUGGAGUAGUGAUACUACUGCCUAUUUUGUUAGUAAAGUAAAUAAUCAACCACUAAUGUUUAAUUUUUUACAAAAGCAUGGCCAGCAGUGGGAGGUUGAUGUGUUUUGUCAUGGAAAGUCUAUGAUCAAUGAAUUAAUGCAGAGAGAAGUCAGUUUAGGUUUACAAAAUGUGCAUCUGUUAAAUCUUGAUCAAGACAUAAAACAGCUUCCAGCAAUAAAUGCAGAUACUGACAGUAAUGAGCAGAGUAAAAAAUCAGAAAGUCAAAAUGUGUUUGAAGUAUUUAAGGCCAGACCUGCGUGGGAGAAUCUUCCUAAAAUUGCCUACCAAAACAUAAAGCCUGGGCAACUAGAAAUAGCUGAAAUGGGUCAUAUUUCAAGUGAUGGACAUUUCUAUGUAAAAUUAAAGAAGGAUGCAGAAAUACUGUUGAAUUUAAAUGUGAUGACUGAUCAAGAAGCCAGGAAGAACUCCUUGCUUGAAGUGGAAAAUAUUAAAGAAGGGUUAGAAUGUCUGGCAAAAUCAAAAGAAACCUUAAAAUGGUAUCGCUCUCAAGUUAUCGAAAAGCAUGUGAAUGAGGGUCACAUGUUAGUUUUUUUCAUGGACUUGGGAAAAUAUGAAAUAGUGUCAUUUCAUGACACACAGGUACUAAGUGACAAUAUCAAGAGUAUUCCCAGGACUGCUGUGCCUUGUAAAUGGGUUUGGAAUGAAAAUCUAGGUGAUACAUCUUUUGAGAGAGUGGUGGAGAUUAUAAAAUGCCAGGGGAUCAAGAUCUUAUUUUUGAGAUACCUAGAAUCUGCUUUUGUUUGGGAAGUAGACAUUUUAAUAGAUAGGAUUCAGCUUUUGGAAUACUUGAAUCAAAUACCUUACCAAAAGACGUUGGAGAACUGUAACUUACCAAUUAAUAUAAAUGUUGACCAAACAAUGCCCAAAUUGCCAUUCAAGCCAAAUUCUGUUCCAUGGGGACCAUUCCAGAAUGAUAGGUACUAUCCUGGGUUUGUCACAUCAGUCACUGAUCCUUCAAACUUCUGUAUCCAGUUAGAAGGCUCAUUUAAGGCUCUGAAAACAUUGUUCAAGUUACUCUCUGACCUCCCAGAAAACCUGCCUGCUAUGCCACAGGAGCUUGUUGUUCCUGGUGCCAGUUGUUUGAUAAAGAUUGGAUCUAGUGAAAAGUGGAACAGAGUUGAAGUUUCUGAAGUCUCCAAACUCUCAAAUCUCUUAACAGUUACUUUUAUUGAUGAUGGAUUAUCAGCUCCCAUCCCCAUUUCUGAUCUCCACAAGCUGAAAGUUAUCCCAGAAGAGCUUGCUAAAUUGCCUAGAUUAACUUAUCCUUGCUCUUUGUAUGGAGUGUCACCUGCUGAUGGAGAAUACUGGAGUGAUAAGGCAAAACUUCAAAUUCAAGAAUUUCUUGGUAGAAAAGGUCUCACAUUCCAGCUGAAACGGUAUCACUGUGGGCUGAAGCUAGAGGCAAUUGUAUUUUGUGAGAAGAACAAUGCAGCAGAUUUAUUGGUUACUUCUGGAUAUGCUGUGUAUUCUAAAACAGUAUCCUCGUUCAGUUCAGUUAAUUGUACAGAGCUUCAUCCAUUGAAUUCACAAAUUUUGUGUAAUCCAUCAAUAUGCGAUCAGAAUAUUUUUGAUGCACGGAUUGGUUUGCUGUCAGAUGAGGAAAAAGAGCCACAAAAGUCAGGUUUCCAAGUAAAAUGUACUCAUGUUAAUGUUUUGAGACAGAGUAGCUCAAAACAAUUCAGUUGUAAGAAAAAAAAGUGGCAGAAAGCACGCUUAAAGACUAAUGGAAGAAAUAAUGAAAAUCAGUUUAAGUGUGACAACAGCUUAUUAAAUCAGCGUUAUGACGGAGAAAAACAGAGGCGAACCUAUCCUGCAGGCAUAUGGUCAAAAGCAGUACAUGAAAUGCAUGAUCUUAUGGGGACUGAGCACAAAGGUAGAUGGGAUGCAAAUUUAUGAAGAGAGUUGAUUACAUGGACGCUUCACUACAAAGGUAAAGACUGAUUAGAAGAUUUCUACUGCUGGACUCAUGCAAGAAGUAAAGAAAAGUGAAUUCCAGAUUUUUUAAUGGAAUUAUUUAGUCACACUUCUGUAAUCAAAAUCCAUGAAUUUGAAAAGGUUGUAACAAGUCUAUAGGGUUAAGCUGGCUUCUUUGUGUUAGGUUUUUCUCUCUCCCUUCCACACCCCCAGCACACAUAGUAAUAUUUUAUCAGUGUCCUAAUUUGUUUAUUCUUGAAAUGACAUAAUGGGAAUGGAAACCAUAAUUAUUUCUAGCUGUCUUCGAGCAACAUAGACCUGAACAAAGGCAUAAUAGUCCUCUUAUUUAAGAAAAUCUCUUAUUAUUUUACUGUAUUGUUGAAAAUUAUACUAAUAUAUUUAAUAGUUAUUUGUAACUUUUGUAUAUGGUAUGUGCUGUAUGGGCCGGUUGAUGUGCUGUAUUAUGGCAGGCUGUUGCUCAAGCUGAAAUUGCUCCUGCAGCAGUCUUAAGGUUGUGUGAGAAGCAACAAGUUUUAGUUCUGACCAUUGCUGAGUUUUGUGGAUGUUUCCUUCAAGCACAUUGUUUUGGGUACAGUGCCUACCAAGAAUGUUUACUAACCAAAAAACUUGAUUAGGGCUAAAUUUCCUAGGAAGGAAAUGGAGAUGGAUUUCAAUAGAACUUAAUUUCCAAGUAAAUGUUUUGUUGUUGAGAAUCUAGUUAUGAAUUACCACACAUUUUGGCAAUUUCAGUGUGCUUUGUUUUGUUCUUUUACAAUCUCCUGCUUAGUCAUACAUGAGUGAGUCCUAGCAGGCGUUCACUAGAUACAGACUUUAGAUUUAUAUGGAUGCUUUAUAUGCAAAACAAAGGGUAAACUCCACAAUGUAACUUAUAGUAUGUGUGUCUGUUAGUAAGAGGGUCUGUUAUUAAUAAAUUAAUAUUUAGUUAGUAAUAAGGGAUAUUGUAUUGGUGAAUAUUGAUUUGAGUUUUAGCUGUCUUUGCCUAUUUACAAGUGUAAUUUCAUAUUUAUUUUUAAGACAUUAUUUGCUUUAUCAUAAUGCCGAUACUUGCAACCCACAAGUGCAUGAAUCUACAUGUAAUAGAUGUGAAUCAGAAGAAUCCAGAGAACCUCAUGUGCACCAGGACACUCUGAAUUGAACAUUUCAACUGUUGCUUCUCAUGCCUCGCUACAUCUCAAUUGUGAAGGUUUCCCAACUUAGUGGAAGGAGUUGAAUUGGGAAGUAGAAGUUCUGCUCAUUAUGCAAUUGAUUCUGAGUUCCUUUCCCAAGCCUAUUAUUAUAUUUGGUCUUCAGCAUCCUGAUUAAAUUCCACAAAUUGUUAGUAUAUUUAAAUAAAACAAUAUGUCUUGUGUGUGCAUAUGUGAUUUGUUUAAUGUAAGCUGAUUUAAAACUGCUCCCACAUGAUCAGAACUCACCAACUGGGAAUUCUUGUGACAGCAGAGAAUAAUUAGGAGGUUGGUCCUAUUUUUGUAAAGACCUGUAUGAACAUAAAUGGUGUACCUAAAAAUUCUGAUGUAUAUUAGGUUACAUAAAGUCAUCUGAAUGCUAGAUUGUAUUCACCCACUGAUUUAACUUGUGUGUGAGAAAAUCAGGAUGUAGCUUAAAAUAUGCAUAUUGUUGAGUGUACUAGAAAAAAAGGAUGCCUUUAAAAUGUGUAUUUUGAGUAUUGCAGGAUGUGUGUAAACUCUGUAUACCUGUUGUUUGUGUAAUAAUCUUAUUUCAGGGAUCUAAAUGUAUUGCAAUAGCAAUAAAUCUGAUAAAAGCUAA